CCGCUGAGUUCUUGCUGGAUUUCAGUAAGCCCAACCCAACCUUGUUGAGCCUCACCACGUACGAAAACCACAGGGCAUGACGCGAUCACAGAAUGGCUCGACUUCACUAUCCGAGGUGGACAUCGAGCCGAUGGGGCCUGGAGAUGUGGAUAGAUGUGCAUUCCUCGUCUUUGAUACCUUUGACUUUGUCCUGAAAGGCUUCGUUUUGGACGAGAAGCUGUGCAACGAAGAAGUGCGACUAAAGUACAGAACUGCGAAUGUGCGAUAUCAGACGGCCCAUCGUAAUCUUCAGAUCAAGGUGGCCCGCGAGAGGUCGGGGGACCGCAGGAUUGUGGGCAUCUCGGCGUACAAGGUGGUCAACAACGACGCGCCCUCCGCGUCAACGGCCUCGCCACCUGAAGCACCUGCAGGCCUAGACAAGGAACGAUGGUUCAACUUUGCGGCCAAGGAGGACGACUACGCGGAGAUGGUAUACGGCAAAACAGCUCGCUGCGAUCUCUGGUUUCUAAUCGUCACGAAGGAAUACCAAGGCACGGGGCUGGGCAAGCGCCUUUUUGAUGAAUACGUCAGGGGCGCAAACGGCCUUCCCUUGUUCCUCGUCUCCUCCCCCACGGCUGUCACGUUUUACCAACGUAUCGGUUUCAAAGUGGUUGAGCAGGCCGCAGAGGACGGCGGAAUGAACAUCAAGCGAAAGCACGACACAUCGCCCCCUCAGGCAGGCGAGCUUGUCUGGCCCAUGUACAGGUCCUCGCCUGCGUCACAUUGAAAGACGUCUUCUGUCGCGUGCGCGCACUGGAGAUUUGAGAAACGCAAAUCAAUGUACCCAUUACAAAACCCUGGUUUGUUUGCGAAAAUUUUACAGCAACAAUUAAAGCUCUA